GUCACUGACGACGCCUUUAAGGAAAAUGACAACGACACGGAGCUACUUCGGCGACGGACGCAUUCGUUGGCCGCAAAAGUGGGUAUCACGUGAUCCGAUGACCGCCUUGGGUACGUCGGUCUCGGUUGGGUGGCCUUCAUUACCACAACCUCGCGAGGCCGCUGCAGAAGGUGAGAGAGUUCGAUGGCGAGAUCCGUUGAGAAGGGCGAUUCCGAAAUGGCCACGGCCCGUCCCCCGCUCCCCCUGAAGACCCGCCUCAUCAUCGCCGCCAUCACCGCCGCCACCGACGCUGCCUGCCGCCGCGACGGCACCGUCAACCGCCGGCUCUUUAACCUCUUCGACCGCAGGACCCCUCCCAACCCCAGCCCCAUCGACGGCGUCGCCACUGCCGACCACACCGUCGACCCCUCCCGCCACCUCUGGCUCCGCCUAUUCUCCCCCGCUUCCCCCGCCCCCCUCCCCCUCAUCGUCUACUUCCACGGCGGCGGCUUCACCUUCCACUCCGCCGCCAGCAGCCCAUACGACGGCUUCUGCCGCCGCCUCGCCCGCCGGGUCCCCGCCCUCGUCGCCUCGGUCGAGUAUCGCCUCGCGCCCGAGCACCGUUGCCCGGCGUCCUACGACGACGGCAUCGACGUCCUACGCUGGCUCGGCAACGGCGAUCUCGUGCCUGACCUGUCCGCCGUCUUCCUCGCGGGCGAUAGCGCCGGGGGAAACAUCGCCCACCACGUGGCGCGGCGGGCGCGAAGGGAGGCGCUAGGUCGGGCCAGCGUGGCGGGGCUGGUGGCCAUACAACCGUUCUUCGGUGGGAAGGUGCCGUCGCCUUCGGAGGAGCGGCUGGGUGGGAUGCCCUUCGGGAAGCUGGAGCGGUUCGAGUGGAUGUGGAGAUCGUUCCUGCCGGUGGGCGCGGACGGGGACCACGAGGCAGCCAACGUGUUCGGGCCAGGGUCGGCGGCGGCGGACGACUUUGAGGAGGGCUUUCCGGCGACCAUGGUGUGCGUCGGCGGGUGGGACGCGCUGCAGGACCGGCAGCGGUGGUACUGCGAGGGGCUGAAGAGGAACGGGGUAGAUGUUCGCGUCGCCGAGUACCCGGACGCCGUCCACGCCUUCUACGUCUUCCCGGAGCUGCCCGACGCCCACAAGCUGGUCGAUGACAUCGCCGAUUUCGUCCACCGGCGGAUGGACGAGCUCAGCAAGCCCGUCGACAAAUGACAUCGCUUCCUUUCUCGUACGAAUCGAAACGAGCAGGAUCACCCCCUGCAGCAAGCAUGUACGACGCAAUAACCCUUAUGGAAGAAAGCUUCGGCCUUUUGUAGCAUGUGUACUUCAUCUCAUAGUAGUAAUCAAUUUUGAGA